AUGUCGUUAGUCCACUUGGCCAAUUUCUGUGCCCACUUGAAAAACUGCACCAACGUGAAUAUCGCCACAACUUCCGUUCCGUUUAGCCGAUUACACCUCCAAGCGGCUUUGGGUUUAUACAAGGAAGGAUUCAUCUCCCUGAUCCAAAAAGGCUCCACCACCGGCCCCGACUUGAAGCCUGUCGAGGUCACCCCAGAUAACAUAUCUACCAGAAGAUUGUGGUUGGGCUUGAAGUACCGUAGCAACCAACCUGUGAUCAGAGACAUAUCUUUAGUGUCCAAGCCAGGCAGAAAGGUCAACUUGACCACACAAGAAGUCAAGGCUUUGGCGUCUGGAUUGCCUGUGAGAUUCCUCAAGCCAUUGCAGCCUGCCGAGUCGUUGUUCAUAAGAACCACCAGGGAUAAGGAAGUCAUAGAGAUCCAGGAGGCUGCCAAGAAGGGUGUGAGUGGAUUAGCAUUGUACAGAGUGAAGUGA